AGGAGCUUCUGUCUCGGCCUGCAGGAGGGGCUGAAGGUGACUCUCUUCUCGGCUGGGAUGCGGAGCGAGCUGCUGGGCGUCCGUCCGGCCGGCUACACGGUGCUGCUCCGGGAAUAACGAUAAGCGUCAACCAAACCCGCGAACCUGCUGCGUGUGAUGGCCAUUUUCUUCUUUGUAAAGGACACAGCUAGCAGCUAGCAGAAACAAAGGGAGUCUCUCUCUCUCUCUCUCUGUCUCUCUCUCUCUCUCUCUCUCUCUCUCCUCUCCCUCUCUCCCUCCGGUGGUGGCCGUGCAUGCAUGUGUUCUGCACCGUACGGGCGGAAAAAGCGCCCAAGAUCAGCAGGGAGCAUUUUUCUCAUCAGUAAAGUGGCGCAGACGGAGCCGGAGCGCCGGGAGAGCACGGAGGAGGCCGUGGACUGCAGCAGGAUGACAGUGCAGGAGUUCAACACCCUGGUAGCGCUGUACCGGGAGCAGGUGAUAUCCGUCGGGGAGAUCUCCGCCGACUGUCCGUCUCUGCGGGCUCAGAUGUACAACACCCGGUCCAAAGGCUGCUCCAUGGCCCGGGCUGCACACCACGACCUCACCCUCAUCUCUGUUUCAGGCCUAGAGGACGGAGAGAUCCACCCUGAGAUCUGUCGCCUCUUCAUCCAGUUGCAGUGCUGCCUGGAGAUGUUCAUAACGGAGAUGCUCAAAUCCAUGUGCCUGCUGGGGGUGCUGCAGCUGCACAGAAAAAGAACGGACUCCGAGCCGAGGUUGGACCUCAGGAUGGAUGAAAGCUCAGACGUUCCCAUCCUGGAAGAGCGAUCGUCCUCCCCCAUCGACUUUCCUCAGGAGCAGUGGCUGGUGGGAAUGGAUAUUCAAAAUAUAGAGAGACCUCAUAUUAUGCACAUUUUCAGCUGGAUAUCAGCUGGCCAGGCCUGUUUCUGUGACCGAUACCCCUGGGGAUCCUGGUCCGCCUGCUCCCAGACCUGCAACCACGGGACACAGCACAGGCACAGGGCUUUUAAUUAUCGUGAUGAAUACUUCUGGAAGAGCAGCUGCCGUCAGCUGUGUGAGGAACAUGACAGCAGAGCUUGUAACGAGCAUGCCUGUCCCAUCAACUGCCUGCUGACAGGGUUCGGGCUUUGGUCCGACUGCUCGCCCUGCGCCAAGAAACAGUUUCGGACGCGGUCUGUCGAGAGGCCGUCCCAGUUUGGUGGAUCGGCCUGCAGCCCGGAGCUGAUGGAGGAGAGAACCUGUUACCCCGCCACAAAGUGCCUGUUACCACCCAUCGACUGCAGAGACGACUUCAAGUGUGAAAAUGGACGCUGCAUCAACUCGACGCUGACAUGCAACAGGCAGAACGACUGCGGAGAUAACUCUGAUGAAAAAGACUGUGGCGAUUUUAAAAUUGUGUGUCCAGUGGAGAAGAGAGUGGCCCCCGGGGCUGACCUGGUGGGAAAUGGGUUUGAUGCUCUAGCAGAGGAGCCAAGGGGAGCGGUAUUGGACAACAUGUUUAUGGGAGGAAGUUGCAACCUCAAGAGGCCUCGGAGCACGACGCUCUACCACCGAAUCCCUCACAACUUUGAGAGCUUUGAAAUUAAGGUUGGCGAGCUGGAGGACUUCAACAAUGAGCCCCACACGCUGCACACCGAGCCUAUCAAUUUCCAGACGUCCAGAUCAUCUGAAAUUGGACAACAAGGACAAGAUGCCUUUUUCAUCCCCAUUAUUUUUCUCCCCAUGUUUUUCUUCACUGGGAGUUCUAUGUCGAGUAGCAGAACUAACAAGGAAGCUUUUGAAGCUUCAAAGAAAACGGACUCCAAGUUUUUCCGGGUGCACCAGGUUCUUCCCAUAUCCACGUUCAAGUUGAGGGACCCGAGGGACCUUGUCCUGGCACAGCCUUUCCUCCAGUUCCUUCAAGCUCUUCCUCUGGAAUACAACUACCCCCUCUACAGGGACAUCUUCCAGCGCUUUGGGACGCACUACUACAGCGCAGGGAAACUAGGGGGCCACUAUGACCUGUUGUAUCAGUACAGCCGAGAAGAGCUUACCAGUUCAGGUCAAACAGAAGAGCACACCAUGGGCUGCCUGGGCAGAGAGACCACCUGGACCAUCAUCCUCUACACAGAACACAGCAGUGUAACCCGAUGCCACAACAACAGGAUGACUCAGAAAUAUGAAGGCUCGUACGUUCAGUCAGCAGAAAAAUCUUUCUCCAUGGUGAAAGGAGGUCGAGUCCGAGAGGCAGCAGCUCUGGCCUGGGAGAGGCAGGGCCCCGCUCCGGACCGAACAUCUUACAAGAACUGGGCCAAGUCUGUUCUCGAGAACCCCGCUGUGGUCGAAUCCCAGGUCCUCUCCAUCAUAGAUCUGGUUCAGGGAAUCCCCUGUGCUGUCACAAAGAGGAGACACCUGAGGAAGGCCCUGCUGCAAUACCUGGACGAGUUCGAUAGCUGCAAGUGCGCUCCUUGCCCCAACAACGCCAGGCCCGUUCUCUCCGGCACAGAGUGCAAGUGUGUUUGCCAAACUGGCACAUUUGGCACUAACUGUGAGAGACGAGCUCCCGACUUCACUUCAGAGGCGGUAGAUGGUUACUGGAGCUGCUGGGGGCCAUGGAGUGGCUGUGGAGCCUCAAUGAAGAGACAUCGGACGAGGCGAUGCAAUAACCCUGCCCCCCUCAGAGGAGGCCAACCCUGCAAGGGUCCUGAGAGACAUGAGAAUCCAUGUCACAUCUCCAUCUUUCAAACACAGGAGACUUGCGACAAUGACGACGACUUCACUACAGGCUGGCAGGACGAGCUGCCUCCUGGUGUGCAGGGCUGCCUGAGGCCACAGAGUCCCGCCAACAGCUUCCUCAGGAAAGCAAAGCAGUAUUAUAACUUUGGUGAGGACGACGCGUUCCAGUGCUACACUGGAUUUGACCUGGAGGGUUUUCAGUAUAUCAACUGUCUUCCUGAUGGGACGUGGAGUCCACCAAAAGGAAAAUGCACCAGGAAUGUGUGCCUUCCUCCUGAGAUCCCUGAUGGCAUGAUGCUGUUUCCCAACAAAGUCGAGUACAGGGUGGGGGAAUCCGUGCGUUUGAGCUGUGACGAGCCGGACCUGCGGCCGCUGCCGCGAGCCUUCUACAAAUGCAGCAGCGGUUCCACCUGGCAGCCUCCAUUAACGGCUGACCUACGCUGCACUAAUGAGGUACCGUUUGUUCCUGAGAGUCAGUGCGGUCCAGGAGAGAUACGACAGGGCUCUAAAUGUGUCUGUAUUCAACGGGAGAGCUGCCUUUCACAACCAGAGAGUCUCUGCAUCCUGAACUUGGACAUCGGCGUCACCGUGCCAAUGUCCCUGUGCUCCUUCCAUGCUGGUCGUUGCCAUGGUGAUCCGCUCUUCUUUGUUAACGAAGGCGCGUGUGACACGGCUGAUUUGGCCAAACUGGAGUGGGCCAUGUUCAGAGCCAACAUGUCCUCUAAGAGCUCUGUUCAGCAGAACUGUGAUAUCAACACGUGUUAUGAAUGGGAGACCUGCUCUGCGUCUAAGAAGUGUGAGUGCAUUGUUGCUCGGAACUGCCCCAAAGUUGAAGUGCACACGUUCUGUGUGAAGCUGACCCAAACCCAGAGGACUCGCAGCUUGAACCUUUGUUCUAUGGUCGCCCUCAAAUGUAGCAGCUACCAGUUUGAGAUUCUCAAUGAAGGCGUCUGUGAGUCCACAUGAUCCUUCAAAAGCUUUUUCUGCACUCAACCUCUGAAUUCAUCUAACAUCUCACAUUAUAGUCAUUAGUACAUAUUGCAUGUUUUUUCUUUAAAAACGUUACAUUUAUAAAAGAAAACUAGACUGGCAGGCAGGUAUACUUGGGUCUAAGAACCCGUGGGCAACUUAAGUCUAAAUUGGACUCAAACAGGUGUUUUAGGACGCACGUUUAGCUUGGGUGGGCCGCAGUUCAUUUAGUGAACUUUCAGAGGGUAUUUUCUUAAAAUACCUGGUACAGUACAUAUAAUUUUCUUUUAAAGGGCAUCAUCGGAUUUUGGCAAUGACAAUACUUUAUCUGACAACCAAAUUUAUCAUACUGCCACCUAAUGUCAGAUUUGCACCAAAUUUGGUAUGUAAUGUAAUGUGGAGUAAAUACCACAUUUGUGUAAUUUGGUUAAUAUAUUGGUGAUCUGGAGCAAAAAUAUCAUUACAUAUUGACAUUGACAUUGACAUGUGUGAAAGCAUCACCAAACCUUGGAUUUUCAUAGGCAUAUUAAAUUUGGUGACAUUUGAACAACUAUUUGCCAUAAAACCACCCUGAGAUAGGAUUACAAUAGGAAUAACAGUUAUAGUGCCACAUAUGUUGGAUUUGCAGUAAAUCUAUACCUAUGGUUGGUCUACCGUAUGUGAUGUUAUUUGGGGAGGAAGUGGGUUUCACAUAUUUUCGCAGAAUUGUAAUAGUUUGUGCAUGCAACCCUAAGAAACAGAGUAACAUGUGAAAGCACAGAUGUCUUUAAAAACAUAGUUGGCAUUUUUAAAGCUAUGUAGAUAGACUGUUGAUGUGUAAAGAAAGAUAAAAAACAUGGAAAUGAAAGUUGUAUCACUUCUCAGAGGUCACAGACAACAUUACCAAAGAGGGCCAACAAUGUUUGGAAAAUUGUUUUCCCCAGAACAGCUCUGAUCACUCAGUGAUACAGCAAUACAGUUAGGUUUAAUUACAUGCACAGAGUGGAAUAUUAACACAUGCUUCACAUUUAUCAAUAGAAUCAUAAAUUCUUAACAUUGUCUGUUGUUUUUAUUUCUUACGGAGAUUGUCAGUGCCCCUUUUGCUAAACAUUCAAUUUGCAUGUACUAUUUGCCACCUCAGAAUAUUUUUCUAACCAUACAUGCUUAGGAA